AUGCAAGAUGGUCAAGGGUUAAUAAAGAAAUUCCUCGACUACAAACCUGUCACAGUGUUACUAAUCAACAAAGUCAUUGAGUCCAAUCCUGACACGCGUGUGGUUGAUGUAAUUUGGGAAACUGAUAACACGUUGUUGAUGGCGUAUGAAGUCUCAGUGUGUGCAUAUUUGUCAAUGAAGUACAUGGCAAUUUUGCAUAAAAAUUACAAUUUUACGUUAUUUGUCUGGGAUAACAGGGGGAAGCUCUGGAGUAACAUGACGAAACAUAGAUUUAACAUGAGAGAACUAAAAUUCUAUUUUGAAGAUAAAAAUGAUCUAAAAUCUAUAGAACAGCUGAGUAAAAGUUAUGUUGUGUAUUUGAAUCAUUUUAAGUAUGUGCUGGACUUUAAUUUUGAUGAGAAAUGGAGGGAAAGGUUUGGCCCUAAACUGGCCCGGAAUUUACAGUACAAUCUUCUGGAAAAUAGCAUUAGUAUCCAGUUCCAAAGUUCGAUAAAAAUAACUCUAGAGUCAAAUAUAAGAAAUAUUAAGCUCGUGAAUGAUAAAAUGGAGGGAGUUGCUAGAGUUGUCAGAUCAGGAUUAAUGUGUAAAAGACCGUUUAAAUAUGAGUUUCCGGAAUAUUACGAAUUUGUCAAUAACAUUGACAUGUCAAUUGAUUCCUAUGUUGAUCCCGUUCAAGCGUUUCUGGAAUCUUCUAGUCAAGCUCAAGAUGAAAAUGUGUUGGAAGAAAGUGAUAGAAAAACAUAUGAAGAAUCUGUUGAAAGAUCAACAGAUUCUGAAGACGAUGCCACAUUUGUAGAAUUGGACAUUACAAUAAGAAAACCUAAAAAAGGAAUUGUAUACCGAAAAAGUGAUAAGUAUAUCGAAUACACAUGCGGGCUAGGGUUUGGCAUUACUAAUAUCAUAGAAUCCACUCAUAAGGAUCAGAUUUCUGGUAGUGAGGGAGCUACUGUAGAAUCCUCAGGUACUGAAGAAGCCACUAUUAGUCUGGACGAAACGCUUAAAUCGAUAGAUGAGACACUAAAUUUCAUCGAUCAAACGCUUAGUUCUAUAGAUAAAAAGCUCACUGUUCUGGAAAAUAACGAGAAUCUAAGGGAUAAAUCCACAGAUUUAUCGUAUAAGAUCCCCAAAUCUCUGGAUGAAAAGUACAAUUUUCUACAAAAACACACGAGAUCUCUCACUGAAAAAUAUAAUUCUCUUUUCAAAAAACAUAACUCACCAGAUAAAACCACUGAUAAAUCCUCUAACACCACUGAUAACACCCCGAAUACUGUGGAUAAACCCACCAAUAGUAUGGAUAAACCUACUAAUAGUAUGGAUAAGAGGUUGAUUUGGUCAACUGACAACUAUGACGAGCCUAUAGUGAGGGUAAUAUUAUUUGAUGGUCCUGGAGUUAAAUACCUCUUGGGACAAAAGAGAAACUAUACAAUUCAUUUCUUCAGUUGUAUGGAUAAUUGGCAGGAGAUAACUGGGAAAACGUUAAAUUUGGGCACUUUGAGGAUGAUUGACAGGCGUGGCGAUGAGAUCAGAUAUCCAAAUAUUAUUACUCAUUUCACUAAAUUUCAACUUUACGUUAAACCUUACGCAGCUUGUCAUAGGAUAAUGUAUAAAGAGCAGGAAAUUUGGGCAUCUAGAGAGAAGGGCGUGAUCACAGAACUGGACUUUCUCAUACUCCAAAUACUCGAAAAUAAAGUUAAUUUAUACUUUAGAGAUAAAACCGUCAAGAGAUUUAAACUCUCCAACGGGCAAAUAUCCCUAAUAUCCAAAGGGAAUUCCACAUACAAACAACAUUAA